AUGUCGAUCGUUGUAUCUGACGAUGAGUCCAUGUCAGGACAUGUUGUGUCUCAGCCACGACAAAAUGUGACACUUUCGUCACGACUCACUGACGCCAACAAUGAUGCAACUCCAGAGCUCUCAGCCCACAGGAACAAGCCUCCUGUGCCUGCCAUCAGUGCCCAAAAACCAGUACCAACCGGCAGCAAACGAGGAGCAAAGGAUGUGGUACUAGAUGUGGUAUCUGUUGGUGAUGCUCAAACAGAGUGUGUGUCAUCAACAGUCGAGGACGUCCUUGGGCUAGCCCAAGCUUAUGUCAAGCAGGUGCGAGACGAUAAGCUAUAUCGGCCAAGGCUUACGACACCUGAAGGUUAA